UAAGCACUUUCAAUCAUUCAAAACAAUUCUGUACUGAACGUACUGUACAAAACAUUUUUCAUCUCGCUCAUUUUCAUAGGCAAAGAAAAAGACAAAAGAAUGUUGCUUGCAUUUUGUACGAACUCAUGAAAAGACGUCGUGUACGCCACAAAAAGGUCUUCAGAAGUAUUCGUGUGCCUACUAUAACAGUGUGAACGUGUAUUUCAGGAUAUAAUACAAGUUUACCUCAUCGAUCGAACAUAAAUAUGAACGAAUUGAAGUCUCUAGAACACGCUACGUUGAAGGUACCGUAUGAGGUGUUCAACAAACGCUACCGCAAUGCCCAGCGAGUGCUAGACGUGGAAGCCCGUCAAGUGGGCAGCGGGGCUGGUGAGCUUGACACCGCUACCAGGAAGCAGCCAGUCACUACUGGAGAGAUCGAUACACUUCUUGGUGGCAUGGUGGAGAAGCUAACAACGAUGAAACGCAAGGCUUCUGAAGCUAUCACGGAGGAGGUGCAAGCCGCUUACGUGUGUAAGAAGAGGCUGGAGCACCUGAAGGAGCAGGCCGCAGCCCUGGCUGAGCCCAGCACGCCCCAAGUUAAGACCACACUGAACCAGUGGCGCAAGGUCCGUCUAGACCGCAUGCUGGUGGACUACUUCCUCAGGAACGGCUACUAUGAGUCUGCCAACAAACUGGCAGAUGCUAGGGGGCUAAGGGACCUCACUAAUGUUGACAUAUACGGCGCGGCGGCUGAAGUGGAGGCGGAGCUAGUAUCGCGUCGCACGGCGCGGUGCCUGCAGUGGUGCGCAGACAACAAGUCCAAGCUCAGGAAGCUCAACUCCAACAUGGAGUUCAAGAUACGGAUACAGGAGUUCAUAGAGCUGGUUCGCGAAGACAAGCGCCUGGAAGCAGUACGCUACGCCAAGAAACACUUCUCCACGUACGAGGAAGAUCAGCUCAAAGACAUACAGCACUGUAUGGGCAUGCUCGCCUUCCCUAAAGAUACAGAGGUAGAACCAUACCGCUCGCUCCUGCAGACGGGUCGCUGGACGGGGCUGGUGGAACAGUUCCGCUGGGAGCACGCGCGGCUGCUGCACCCCGCCAAGCUGCCCGCCCUGCCCGUAGCUCUGCAGCUCGGCCUGGCAGCACUGCAUACUCCUCAAUGUGGAGCUGCUAGGGUACCAGCAUGCCCCGCCUGCCAGCCGCCACUGUGCACGCUGGCACGAACCCUGCCCCACGCGCACGUGUCGCACUCGCGGCUGCUGUGUCGCAUAUCCAGGGCUCCGCUCAAUGAACACAACCAGCCCAUGGUGCUGCCUAAUGGACAGGUUUAUGGAGAAAAGGCUCUAAAAGAAAUGAUGAAGGAACACGGCUCCAUCAUCUGCCCGAAAACCAAGGAGGUAUUCUGUAUGAAACGCGUCGAGAAAGUCUACGUCAUGUAAAAACCUAUUUACUAUAUAAUGUAUAUACUAUACUGCAUCCGCUAUAUUAUGUACAUGCUAGCAUUUACGCGACGAUUAGUAUGUCUAAUGUCUUAACUAUAAAAAAUAAAAAUUAUAUGGAAAAUCUUGUGUUUGGGCGUAGCUAAAGAAAUAUUGGUAUAAAAACUUCCAAAAUGUGUCCGUUUUUAGAUUUGAGGUAAAAAAUAUGGUGAUUUGUAAUCAUGGGGCAGCUUCUAUUUCAAAUAUCAAGUGCAAGAAAUACUGAUUUCAUGAUUGUUAGUUUCAUUUGGUUUUAAUAAAUUAAAGAACAUUGAAAAGUAACCUAGCUACGCCGCUUAUAUUUAAACCUUAGUAUUAUUUUUUGUGUUUAUUUGAAAAGUAAAAAAAUAUUAUAUUGUAUAUUUUAAAAAUGCAGGAUGUUUUAACCUUUUGAACGCCAAUGUCGGCUAUAGCCGACAUGAGCAAGCGUGCCCUGUGCGCCAACGACGGCUAUACUCGACAAAAAACAGGUCGCAGAAAAAUACAAAAUAAACCUAUUAAAUCAUUACUUUUAUGUAUUUUUUAGUAGAUAUUUAAUGAAGAUUUUCGGGCUUGGCGUACAGGGCAUAGGAAUACCGAUAUGGCGUGGCGGUGAAAAGGUUAAUAAGCAAUAUCGAACUUCAAGCAAAAGACAUAUUAUAGUGAAAUGUGAUUAUAAAACUUAUGAGCAAAAUUAAAUAGACAAAUAUAGGUUAUUUUUCAAACAAAACAUUCUGUAUUUUCAAGAAGUCUAUGGAAUCUCGAAAUAUCUUUAUCUAUGCGUGCAGUAAUUAAAUUGGAGUAUUUAUAACUUUUUAGAUAGGGAUGGUCCAUAAACUUCAAAAUGUGUUCUUAUAUUCAGAAUUUAAUAUAUCUCGAGAUGAAGGAUAGUCUGUAUCUAAUAUUAAUGUGUGUCGAUAGAUUCGUAGUUAAACGGUAAGUUUUGAACUUCUGAACGGAGUUAACUAUAUUAUAACACACAUUAAAAUAAAAUAUGUAUAUAUUUUUGUGCCAUUUUAGUAUAUUUAUUUGGCACACUUCAUCUCAAUAAGACAGAACUUAAAAUCUUAACAAAGACAGUCAAACUUGCUUUUCGCUUAGCACGAAAAUAAACAAAUCUGUCUAUUUAACUGAACCCUUGUGCACGUUAGAUCACUACUGUAAUUUGAAACGCUAUCAAUAAAAAUAUUAAAAAAAAGAUUCUGUAAAAGGUUUGUAUGUAAUGAAUCAAGAAUCACUGAACUGAUUUUAGAAACUCAUUGCUCGAGAGCUAUAUUAUCCCUGAACAGGGCUAUAUUUUAUAAAAAAUACGAGCAAUAUUGUGUGCAGAACUAUGAAACUACAGUAAUAUGUUUUAUUGUGAUUAUUUACUUGUAAUUCGUGUAAAACAUUAAAUACCUACCGCGGACUGUGUCAUCACGAGUUUGUUUAAUGUAGAAAAUAAAUAAAUAAGCUCAUUGUAUCAUUAUUGUAAAUUGUUACAUUGGGAAAUAAAUGCAAAUCAAAAUAA